CAGUUUUGUAAGACACAAUGGCCACAAAUUAGCAAAUAAUCGGCGGACAAGAGGCGACUUUCACUAGCAUUCCACUGGACUGUACAACCAUGGAAAGAGCACUAGCGAGCAGCGAUGGAAGCAAGAAACCGAUUUUGCUAAAACUUGUUCUUGUAGGGAAACUCGGUGUUGGAAAAUCAGCAAUGAUUGUGCGAUUUCUGACCAAAAGAUUUAUAGGAGAGUACGACCCUAACAUUGGUUCAAUAUACCAUUAUCAUACAAGGUUGGAAAAUCAAGAGGUAAGAGUGGAAAUUCUGGAGUCAGGAGGAAAGGACUUCAUUCAGAACAAUGACGUCCACACCUUAUGGGGAGACAUGUUUGUGCUGGUAUAUGCUGUUAACGACCGUUCGAGUUUUGAUGAACUCACCCCGCUGUGGAAGCAUCUUGAGAAAGCGCGAGCUCCCGAUCAUUCACUGCUAGUGCUCGUUGGAAACAAGAAAGACUCCGGGAACGACAGAGAAGUCUCGCAGCAAGAAGGAAUCGGGCUAUCGGGUGACAUGAAUUGUUCUUUUCAUGAGAUCUCCGCGAAAGUGAGCUAUCAGGAUGUUGAAGAUAUGUUUACGGAAGCAAUCCGAGAGACCAUGAGGCAUAAAAUGGCCAAGCAGGCUUUGAAUGACGCGAAACGAUCGUCUCACAGCAAGAUUAUGGAGAUGGUAGAGAAAAACGUGCGCAGAAAUAGGGCAAUGUCCAGUCUGAAGGAAACGAUUGACGAGUACUGCGCCACACGGACUGAGGAACUGACACGCGAUUUGUCGCGUGAUCGAAGCAUCACUUUUACAUGAAGACAACAACGUAAAAAGCGUUAUAACUACACAGCGUUUAAUUUGGCCAGGGUUGGGGCCUCAUUGGACAUUCUUCAUUCUUGUCUAGAUAUAUUGUUGUCAGCGUUGAGUAAUUACCUUUAGUUUUAGCGCCAAACUGUGUUUCAUAGUAGCCAUCACUGGCUCGAUCGGUGAGGCAUCUCAAACCCAAACUAUUUUUCAAACAAGACUCGGAGCGCUCUCUAUUUCGUUUUGAAAAAUUCUGGAAAUUAAGGUUCGAAGGAAAUACGGCACGUCCGUUUUUGAUUUGCCCCGCACGCAGAAACCUUCCUACAAAAAUAGAACUUCUAACUUCUAUUCCCUUAGAAGUUCCGUUUUCUCCCGGAAGUUUUUAUUGGAGCACCCCGGGAAGGGUUUACAACUUCCUGGUGACCGACAUUUCCGGAAUGUUUGACCAAAGGGAAUGCACCGCAGUUUUUCGCCGUGUGUCUGCAGUUGUUCCUUAUGCGAGUAAUGUUAUUACAGUAUCAGGGGUUCACAGCAGGCCUUCUAUUUUUGUAGCCACCUGCCGGAAUGAGGAAAAGGAAGCAAGCAAAGGGAAGUAGUCUAAAAACUCUUGGCAUAGGGUACUUUUUCUUAAGUUCACGAGGGAAAAUCCGUCACAUUGAGAACCUAAACUACCUUUUAAUGAGAGGAGAGGGGUUGAUUUGUACAUGAAUUCUGAUCCUAGUACACUUGUGUAUCAUUGAGCUGGUUUCACAGAUGACUGUGUUUCAGUAACACACUUAAAAGUUCGUGAUCCUAGUACUCUUGAGAAUCAUUGAGCUGGUUUCACAAAUGAACUGUGUUUUCUAACUCUAAAGUUCAUAGUCUUACAAAUACAGGCACGCACAUUGCAUAAUUAUUUGGAGGCUAUGAUGAGCCGUAUUUUUAUAUUUUACAGCCAUUUUUUAACCAUGACUGCCGCGUUCGUGCACGCGAACUGACGCAAGACUUAAUCGAGGCAGCGAAUCAAAACAACAACAAGUUUGUCCUCUUCUCAUGAUCAGAUGAUGAAAAACGAUCGAAGGCGCCACGGGAAUCUCUAAUGGCGUACAACCCAAAACAAAAUAGUUUAAGUCGAAGUCGUUGCAAAUCAGCACAGACAGCAACAUGACUCUUUCGAAGUCAUUUCCAA